AUGGAGGGAUACUGUAAAGUUAACUGUACAUUCAUCUACUAUAGUGUCUAUCGGACUGUUAUGGUUAGUCCUCAUAUGAGGACAAAAGUUAUUUUUAUUUUUUCCAGACAACGCAUUAACUUCUGUGUUUUUUUGCAAAUAGAAGUCCAUCGCCACAGGUAA